UUUUCAUACAUUGGCUCGCACGCAACCCCACAUAGUAAUUCUAGCUUUUGCUCCCAUGAGACUGUCUUAUCCUUGUUUAUCCGAAGCUAAUCACAAUGACCUUGCACUUGCACUCAGGAUAGCCCGGCACUCUUUCUGUACCGCCUGUGAUUCUUGUCCUGGUCUGCGACCCCCAGCAAGCGUCGAGGUGGUUCUAGAUGAUGAUAUCCACCAAAAGUCUCUACUUGGCGACCUAACACAAUACGGCUCCGACGAAGAGGAUGGCCCCGCAUACCUCGAAACAUGUAUAUGUGGCCACGAUGUAGCAGACCACGGUAGUCAACUAGCCGCCUUGGGACGGGAGGAAUUUGCUCGUAGAGCGCGUCUUGCAAUUCGUAUUGAUGAACUUCUUCAAGAAGCAGACAGGCAGCUUGAUUUUAACUAUACAGAUGAAGACAUCGACUCCCUCAGGCAACAAAUGAAGACGUCCAUCUCUAUGGUUAGCGUAUCGUCUCCUUCCAUCCGUACGUCAUUUACAUCGAUCCUCCCUGCGACCUCCUCAAAAUUUUCAGCACAAUCUUCCCCGGUUGAUCGACCAAUGUCCCCGGAUUCUUCCGUACUCAGUGACGAGCCUCCACCUUCAAAACGUAGACGACUGUCCUCCUCUUCACUCAGCGAUGAAGAUGACGAUGAUGACGACGACGAUAAGCCUUUAGCCGCCCAAGUUGCAGAUUCAAAUGCUGCGGCCACAGGAACGACUUCUAGAAAGACUGUGACGCACAGAAGCGGGAAGAAGACCUCCAGUAUGAAGUCAAAAGCGCAGACCGCUCCCACGGGAGACAAAAGGUCAGAGAAGAAUGGCGUUGCCAAUGGUCGCAGCUCGGAUCUUAAAGUAAAGGUCGAAGAUAAGAUGGAUGAGGGUCAACUCACACGCCUUGCGACUGGAGUUACGGUAGACACGGGGCCAGCAUCAUCUGCUGUACCUACUCACAAGCCAGAAAAAGCUGCUUUUGUGGAGCUGCGCAAGGGAGUUAUUGAGAUAACUGCAGUGGAGAACGACCGACAGCCGCGCUCUACAGUGAUUCUCACUGGUCUAAAGACCUUGUUCCAAACACAGUUGCCUAUGAUGCCGCGCGAGUACAUUGCGCGUCUAGUCUAUGACCACAACUCGAAAUCACUCGCGAUCAUAAAACGUGGUUAUAAGGUCGUAGGUGGUAUUUGCUAUAGGCCUUUUCCACACCGUGGCUUUGCGGAGAUCGUCUUCUUUGCUACUGCAUCCGUGGACCAAGUGAAGGGCUACGGUGGCAUGCUCAUGGACAACUUCAAACAACACAUCAAACGUACAUACCCCGAAGUGAUGCACUUCCUCACCUACGCCGACAAUUUUGCAGUAGUAUUCUUCAAGAAGCAAGGCUUUUCGAAAGAGAUCACACUUGAUCGCUCUGUGUGGGCAGGGUACAUCAAGGACUACGAAGGCGGGACGAUCAUGCAAUGCACCAUGUUGCGCAAGGUCAAUUAUCUUGAUAAAGUCAACAUCAUCUCUCAGCAACGAGAGGCAAUCCUCACCAAGAUCCGCGAGAUGUCGAAGUCGCACAUCGUAUAUCAGGGUCUUUCACAAUUCCAAGAAGGUGGUCUGGAAGGAAUCACAGUGGAUCCUAAGGAGGUCCCAGGGCUAAGAGAGAGCGGUUGGACGCCCGGCAUGGAACACAGCACACGUUCCGGGAAAAGUGCCGAGCACACACAAAUGCAGCGGUUCCUGUCCGAUCUUAAAGCCCAUCCCCUAGCCUGGGCUUUCUUAAACCCAGUCAAUGCCGAUGAGGUCCCAGAUUACUACGGUGUUAUCAAGAGACCUAUGGAUUUCAGCACGAUGGAACACAAAUUGGACACGAAUCAGUACUCCUCACUGAAAUUCUUUCUUGACGAUGUUCAACUGGUGGUCGAUAAUUGCAAGCUGUACAACCCCGAAACAUCGAUAUACCAUAGGAACGCAGUAAAGCUUGAGAAAUUCAUGAAAGAGCAAUGUCCAGAAUAUGCAAAACGAGGGUCCUGAGGACAGUUGUCUUGUUAUACUAUCUUUAUUAAUUCGCAUCUGUAUUAUUUACUAUAAGGAUCACCAUAUGUGUAUCGUAUACGUUUCUUUCCGCUCGCCCAUCACUGAAGUAUCACAUUCUUAUAGGCCUCCACUA